AAUGGGUAACGAAUAAAUCAAACCAAGUAUUGCUCAUUCAUCUGAGUGGAUUUUUAUAAGAGAAAUCAAAUAACAUCCUUUAUUUGGUCAUAUCAAAAUAUACAAAGGCCCAUAAGAUUAACUCUAAUGUUUAAAAACUGUCAUUGUAGAAGAGUCUUAAUAUAAGGAUCAAAUGGAAUCACUUAAAAAAAUGAUUGUUAAAGAAGUUUUAUCAUAGAACUAACCUAAUUGUUCAUCAUUACUUUGUAUAAAUCGUUUAGAGACAUAAAAACAAGAAGAGUUCUGCUCAAAUUAUGUUAAAAUAUAUUUAACAGCCGAUUAUUCAGAUUAAUCAAUUAAAUAAAUUAAAGAUCUAAAAUUAUUUAUGUUAGAUGUAAUUUAAGCACUCUAAAUUAUGGAUUAAAUGGGUGUUAAUAAUUGUUAAUUUUGUCCUACAAAAAUUUUAUCGUUUGGAGAUAGAAUCAAAGUUGUUAAUACAUAAUUAUUUACAGAAAUUUCAGAUUUUGAAUAACUUUACUUAAAUGAAGUUACUAAAGAAGAUUGGAUGAUUGCACCAGAAGUAAUGCAUUCUUUAAAAGUUAAUUGUUCUCCAUCAUUUAAUAGUGAAUUAGCUGUUAUUUUUAAUUUUGGAAUCAUGAUGAUAAAUUUAUUAACUGGAGUGCAUCCUAAAGAUGCAUAAAUCUAUAAUUAUAAAAAUUUAACACUCAAAGAUAACUUAUAAUCCUAUGUUAAUACUCUUGAUUAAAUACAAAUACCAAGUAUUGAUAUUAUUCUAUUUUAGGUCAUAUUAAAUAAUUAAUAUAAGAUUGCGUAAAUGUUAAAGCCCCUCUUAGACCAACUUUUAAAUUAAUUAUUAAUUCAUUACGAUAAGUUGAAAUCCCUUUUUAAGUUUCAUAACUUAAAAGUGAAGAACUUUCGUAGUAAAAUAAUUAAAUUUUCACUCCUUGUUAUGAAGAUGUUAAAAAAGUUUUAAGUGAAUCUCAUGUCAAUAAGAAUCUUAAUUUUCACAAUGAAUCUCCAAAUAAAGUUGAUAAAUAGUAAUUUAUGACAGAUACCUAAUAAUCAGCAUAAUUUAGAAAAUCUAAACAAAUUUAUAAUUUAGAAAACACUAAUAAUCCUAGAUCCUCUAUUUAAUAAAAGUAAUAAACCUAACAAGUCAGUGCUUAAAUAAAAACACAAGGAAAAGUACAAAAAGUUAAAAGUCCAAGCAAAAAGCCAAAACCAAUUAGGGCUAAUGCUAAUCAUCAAAAAUGA